UUCCACAGUGAUGGGCGGCUGCGCCGACGGCGGCCUGAAACAACAAUACAAUGACGAUGGUGGGAUCGCGCAGGAGAGAUGGAGAGCCUCUGGCGCAGGGAUGGAAGUUGCCCGGUGGUCGAGAGAGAUCGCGCAGUGAUGGAGUGAGAUGGAGAGUGAUCACUCAACGAUGGAGGGAUAUCGUGAGGCGAUGGAGAGAGAUCGCACAGGGGCGAUGAAGAGAAAUCGCGCAGCGAUGGAGAAGAGAUCACGAAGGCCCGAAGGUGCCCAACGAAUCAGCGAUAGUGAUAGCCAGCGCUGCGAUGGGAUAACACUGGCCAGGGCUUCGAUAGCGAUGGCCAGCGCUACGGUGGAGAGCGCACCGAUGGAGAGAGAUGGCGUAACGAUGAAACGGGUUACAAUGGCCAGCGUUGCGAUGGCAGCGAUAGCGAUGGCCAGCGCUGCGAUGGGAGCGAUAGCGAUUUUCAGCGCUGCGAUGGUCAGGCGAGCGCGACGGCUGCGAUGGGGGAUGGCCAGCACUGCGGUGGAGAGCGAUGGCGCACCGAUGGAGAGAGAUGGACGCUGCGAUGGCAGCGAUUGUCAGGGCUGCGAUGGUCAGGCGAGAGCGACGGCUGCGAUGGGGGAUGGCCAGCACUGCGGUGGCAGCGAUAGCGAUGGCAGCGCUAGCGAUAGCGAUGGCAGCGAUAGCGAUAGCGAUGGCGCUAGCGCUAGUGAUAGCGAUAGCGAUGGCAGCGAUAGCGAUAGCGAUUGCACUAGCGAUGGCGCUAGCGAUGGCGCUAGCGAUAGUGAUAGCGAUAUAGAUGGCGCUAGCGAUAGCGAUAGCGAUGGGGGAUGGCCAGCACUGCGGUGGCAGCGAUAGCGACGGAACGCGUUUCUAUUCACUCAAGCGCUGCGAUGGCAGCGAUAGCGAUGGCAGCGAUA